CCAUGAAGGCGGUGUCUUUGCAUGACUUUGACACAAACUACAACGUGUGUUGAUAAAACUAACCUGUCAUGUCUGGUCUAUCACAGUUAUAUAGUGCUUUGAAAUGAUGCGCAACUUGUUCGCACUUUUCGUUUCGCAACGGGUUUUCUAAACGGGAAGGUUACUGUAGACUCAUGGGUCGAUAUCACCGUAGAUGAGUCUUUAUUUCUAUAAAUCACCAUCAGUGUUCGGUAAUACACAUUUUUUAUAUUUCACGUAUGACAGAAGUUUUAAUCUUACCUGUUGCUUACUGUCAAGCAGUAUUAUGAUACAUAUGUAUGUAUUAUCUAGCACUUCAGUUGCAUGGAACUAGCUAUGCAUCAGUAGCUAUGUAACGUUAACGUUACAUCAUGUAUCAGUAAAUACAACGUUGAAAUCAUCUUAUUGAAAUCAUUUCGCCUUUGUGGACAACGUGAAGAAAAUGUCAUGCAAAUACAAGACUCUGCUUCGGAAAGGUUUGUGUUUGACUCUACUGAGAACUUCCUUUCUGGGAAGAACUGCACUUUUCUACCCUCGUAAGGUGGGUGCCACUACACGAAUCACGGCUUCUUGGAUCUGGACCCACGCAUCACUCAGAGGCAUCUCAAACAGCACCUCAGGUAAUAAUCAUUUCUCUUUGAGAACACAUUCUUGUGGAGAAGUAUGCUCGACACACAUUGGACGGGAAGUAACAUUGUAUGGCUGGGUGCAAUACGUGAGACAGGAUUUAUUUGUAAUCUUGAGAGAUUUCAGUGGACUGGUUCAAAUCCUCAUCCCCCAGGAUGAGGCUCUUAGGAAAACUCUUUUUGACCUGCCCCUUGAGUCUGUUGUCAUGGUGAGGGGAAAGGUGCAGCUUCGUCCAGAAGGGCAGGAGAACAAGACAAUGUCCACAGGAGAAGUUGAGGUCUGUGCUGACAGCUUGGAAGUUUUAAAUAAAUGCAGAAAAUUGCCUUUUGAAAUUAAAGAUUUUGUCAAAAAAUCAGAGGCUCUUCGAAUGCAGUACCGCUACCUUGACCUCCGCUCAUCACAGAUGCAGUAUAAUUUAAGAGUACGCUCUCGUCUGGUGAUGAAAAUGAGAGAAUACCUUUGCAAUCUACAUGGAUUUGUGGACGUGGAAACGCCAACCUUAUUUAAAAGAACGCCUGGUGGAGCCAAAGAGUUUGUUGUACCUUCUGGGGAGCCUGGGAAGUUUUACUCUUUACCCCAGAGCCCACAACAGUUCAAGCAGCUGCUGAUGGUGGCAGGCAUGGACAGGUACUUUCAGAUGGCUCGCUGCUAUCGAGACGAGGGUUCCAAGCCUGACAGACAGCCGGAAUUCACGCAGGUGGAUAUUGAGAUGUCUUUUAUAGAUCAGGCUGGGAUCCAGGCCCUGAUUGAAGGCCUGGUGCAGUAUGCGUGGCCAGACGAGAAGGGCACCAUGAGCACGCCGUUUCCUUCCAUGACCUAUGAAGAAGCCAUGAGAGAUUAUGGAGUGGACAAACCGGACACCAGAUUUGAAAUGAAGCUCGUAGAUGUUAGUGAAGCUUUUGGGAACACUGAAAUCCAGUUCCUUCGGGAUGCUCUUCAGCAACCAGGAGGCUGUGUCCUGGCCAUCCGUGUGCCAGAUGGAGCUAAACAUCUUAAGGGUAAAGACUUAGAAGCCCUCAAAGAAACUGCCAAGACACAGUUCAACCAGGACGUGAGCAUUGUGCUGGUGAGGCCCGACGGUUCUCUGAAGUCGCCCCUCAGCAGGCUCCUCUCGGAAGGUGCCAGGCUGCAGCUGCUCCAGAUGACCCUAGCCAGUGCUGGAGACCUCGUCCUUCUCGCCGCCGGCACUGGGGACCACAUGCGCCCUCUCCUGGGCAAGUUAAGGCUGCAGUGUGCCGACCUGCUUGAGGGCCACGGUGUGGCGCUGCGUGACCCCUCUGUCUUUCACUUCCUGUGGGUGGUGGACUUUCCCCUGUUCCUUCCCAAAGAAGACGACCCAGAGCAGCUGGAGUCAGCUCACCACCCGUUCACUGCUCCCGUCCCGGAAGACACCCCUCUCCUGUACUCUCAGCCUCACAAGGUGCGCGGCCAGCAUUAUGACCUGGUUCUGAAUGGCUGUGAGAUUGGAGGAGGCUCCAUUCGUAUUCACAGCGCCUCGGAGCAGCGCUACAUUCUGAAGACCAUCCUCCAGGAGGACCUCUCCGUGCUCUCUCAUCUCCUGGAGGCUCUCGAUUCUGGAGCCCCUCCUCACGGCGGCAUUGCCUUGGGACUUGACCGCCUGGUAUCCAUUAUGGUUGGUGCCCCCAGCAUCAGGGAUGUUAUCGCCUUCCCCAAGUCGUUCCGUGGUCAUGACCUGAUGAGUCGAGCACCUGACUUUGUGUCUGAAGAGGAACUGAAGCCUUACCACAUCAAAGUGACAUGGCCCGAGGGGGACAAAUAGACACCUGCCACUAAUGCCACCAUUUUACUCCGGGCUAGUGAGCUCUCUGUGAAUGUGUCUGAGUGCAUCUUCUCCUGACAGGAAAGAGGAUUUAUCCUGUGUGGAAAUGAGACAUGGUGUAACGCCAACCCUCUGCCAGGAUAAAGGCAGAACAACGUGUGCAGCUCAGCUGUUGAGCUAGGCAGGCUGAAUAUAGCCUUCUUCAUUCUGUUCCAUAAAAUACAUUCAUAUUCAGAAUGAUCAGUUUGGUCUUUCUGUGUCAUCUGUAUGUUUUUGUAAUAAAAUAAAAUACAUGUCAGAAUCUUGAA